GGGACCUCACAGCUGUGAAUCAGAUAAGGAUCAGAGAGAGGCCCUGAAGGGUGAGGAGACAUAAGUGCGUAGAUAUUAAACCCUGUAUAACUCUUAAAGAGGGGUAUUGAAUUUAUUUUCAGACUCUAUACUUCCUUUCUGAUUUCUUUUCAAUAUCUUUACAUGAUUUUCAGUUUUAAAAAAGCCUCCUGUUUCUCACUCUGGUGAAUUAAAAUAUCAUUAUUUCUGCCUCCUCCUAAACCACUUCGUUUCAGCUGCUGUCUCUUUAAGGCCUCCUCUCCAUGAGCUUACUUUUAUUUCUUAACACUCUCUUUCUGUUUGUGUCUCACCUGUUUGUCUACUUUGUCCUCAGGUUGUAUAACAUGGUUUCUUCAUCCGUAAGUUUUCACAACAUCAGAUGGAGAAGAUGAGUGAUUGUGUCGAGGAAGAGGAGGGCAGAGCAAAGUCUGUUAUGUCCGACUGUCUGUCUAUGAAGAGUGACCGGUCUAAAGGUAUUAUCAAGGACUUCAGUAAAGAACCAGGACCCUCAGAGGAGGGCAGAGCAAAGUCUGUUAUGUCCGACUGUCUGUCUAUGAAGAGUGACCGGUCUAAACAUCUUCCUAAAGACUUCAGUAAAGAACCAGGACCCUCAGAUGGACAGUAAGAGAAACACUUUUCAACCACCAAACUCAGACAACAGUAAUUGAUGUUUCAAACACAAAACUUUCAAUUCUGACCCUUCUGUUUUACACCAUGGUGAGAAAAAUGAUCUCCUCUGCUCUCAAAAUGGUGAUUUUCCUGUUUAACCUGCCAACCUGGAUAAAGGGCUGGUGAAGAAGAAGUCACUGAGCACAUAUUUACUUAUUAUUCAUAAUGUUUAUAAAAAGGAAGGUCAUAUAAAACAGCAUUCGAAAAGGAUUCUGACCUCUGUAUUUUCUGAUUUGGUUCAUGUGUUUGAGACGUUUUGCGCCUUUAAGUCUUUGGACUUUGGUGUAGAGACCCCAGAAAACAGUCUGUAGGUCACAAAAUACCAGAAUGACCGAUGAAGAAAUAAAUCCUGAUAAAUAAAAACAAAUUCAAAGUAUAUGUCUGUUAUCAGACGUUUUAUACCAUUUGGUCAAAAAGUAGUUUAAACUGGCAGAGAAAAUCUCUCUACCAUCAAAAAACAACAAAAAUCACUGCUUAGCUUUUCUCCUGUUACGACACUUUCAGGCAGCAGCAGCUGAAUAUUUUACAGGAGAUUGUUUUAUGGUUGAGAAAAGAGUGAUGUCAGAAGUGAUGUCUGGUUUAAUAGAUGCUUCUUAUUCUGUAUCUUUCAAUCAUUAAAUUCUAAUAAUAAAGAAAAUAAAUGUCUUUUAUUUCCUCAGAGAGACAGAGAGACUUGACUCUGUGAAGGAGCAGCUGUCCAGCUGUUCUUUAUGUCAGGACGUCCUGAAGGAUCCAGUUUCUACCCGCUGUGGGCACUGGUUCUGCAGACAGUGCCUUGCCUCAUGCAGAGACCAAUCUACUUCAUUAGGAUACACCUCCUGUCCCCAGUGUGGAAAAAGAACCAGAACAGGACUUGUCCUUCAGACAGACAGCCAGUCCAGCUCAGAUAGAAGUAAGUCUGAAGAUCUGUCCUUUAAAGUCUCUGUGGAUGAAAACACAAUUGACUGAUUUAUCACAGACGUUUUUGUGUUGAGCAGUUUGGUUCAUUUUAUUUUUCUUCUCUUUCAGCAGAUCACGGUCUUCAGGAGGUUUUAGAUGAACAUAAGAUCAGUCUGAAGAGGAGAUUUGAACGUGUGAAUGAAGGAAGUGAUGAAGCAGGAAGUAGUCAAACCCUCCUUAACAUGAUCUACACUGAUCUCUACAUCACACAGGGACGGAGUGAGGAGGUGAACACCCAACAUGAGGUGAGACAGCUGGAGACAGCUUCAAAGACCCUCCAUGACACACCCAUCAAGUGGCAUGAAAUCUUUGGAGUCUUACCAGGUCAACAGGAAGUCGUCAGAGUGGUUCUGACCAACGGCGUGGCUGGUGUUGGAAAAACCUUCUCAGUGCAGAAGUUCACUCUGGACUGGGCAGAGGGUUUGGAAAACCAAGACCUCAAACUGGUGAUCCUGCUUUCAUUCAGGGAGCUUAACCUGAUCAGAGGUGAGUCCUACAGUCUUCUGAAUCUGCUCCAUGUUUUCCAUCCAACACUACAGAAGGUCACAGCAGAGACGCUGGCUCUCUGUAAACUUCUGUUCAUCUUUGAUGGUCUGGAUGAAAGCAGACUGUCUCUGGAUUUCACAGACUCUGAGGUCGUGUCCGACGUCACACAGAAGUCUUCACUCAACGUUCUGUUAACAAACCUCAUCAAGGGGAACCUGCUCCCCUCAGCUCUCAUCUGGAUAACUUCUCGACCUGCAGCAGCCAAUCAGAUCCCUCCUUCAUGUGUGGACAGGGUAACAGAAGUACAAGGCUUCACUGAUGCCCAGAAGGAGGAGUACUUCAGGAAGAGGUUCAGGGGUAAAAAUCUGUCCAGAAGAAUCAUCUCACACAUCAAGUCCUCCAGGAGCCUCCACAUCAUGUGUCAGAUCCCGGUCUUCUGCUGGAUCACUGCUACAGUUCUGGAGGACAUGAUGAGCAGAAAGCAGAAAGAAGAGCUGCCCAAGACCCUGACUGACAUGUACUCACACUUCCUGCUGGUCCAGACUAAGAGGAAGAAGCAGAAGUAUAAUAGAGGACAUGAGACAAGUCCUCAGGAGCUGACUGAGACUGACAGUGAAGUUCUCCUGAAGCUGGGGAGGCUGGCAUUUGAACAUCUGGAGAAAGGAGACAUCAUGUUCUACCAAGAAGACCUGGAGCGGUGUGGUCUGGAUGUCUCAGAGGCCUCAGUGUACUCAGGAGUUUGUACAGUGAUCUUCAAAAGAGAGAGUGUGAUCUUCCAGAAAACAGUUUACUGUUUCGUUCAUCUGAGCGUUCAGGAGUUUCUGGCUGCAGUCUACAUGAUCCACAGUUUCACAAACAGGAACACAGAAGUUCUGAGGCCUUUCCUAAGAGACAACGAACAAGAAGACAAGGUGGUUUCCAAUUCUUGUCUUAAAUUGGGUCAUCGUUUCCGAUCUCUGAGUGUCUUCCUAAAGAGAGUCAUGGAGAAAUCCCUUGUCAGUAAAAAUGGCCACCUGGACCUGUUUGUUCGCUUCCUUCAUGGACUUUCUCUGGAGUCAAACCAGAGACUCUUUGGAGGUCUGCUGGGUCACACAGACUACAGUCCAGAAAUGAUCCAAAGAGUUAUCAACAACCUGAAGAGGAUGAACAGUGAUGAUAUCUCUCCCGACAGAAGCAUCAACAUCUUCCACUGUCUGAUGGAGAUGAAUGAUCUGUCAGUUCAUCAGGAGAUUCAAGAGUUCCUGAAGUCAAAGAGAAAACUCUCAAUGAUCCACUGCUCUGGUCUGGCCUACAUGCUGCAGAUGUCAGAGGAGGUUUUGGAUGAGUUGGACUUAGAUAAGUAUAACGCAUCAAACCAGGGACGACUGAGACUGAUCCCAGCUGUGAGGAACUGCAGAAAGGCUCGGUAAGUCCAGGUUUUAUUCUCAGAAUUGUGUAAAUGAACCCUGUAGUUCUUCCAAUGUCCACGUUACUGAUGAUGUUCUUCUUCAAAUAGAAAUCUACUGAAAUAUCAGGGGUUUCUUCAGGUUUGGCAAAAACGCAAUCUUGGGGCUCUAUUUUCGUGCCUCGCCGGCGACGCGGUGCAUGCGCGGCGUAAGUGAGGUCCGCCGCGCCGACAAGGCGUUCCCAAGCACAUUUUGGUAUUUUGGUGAGCGGUGCAGCCCGGCGUAAGUAUCCCCCCUCCCUAACUUAGCUCCUCCCAACGGCGUAAGUCGUAGCGAGGGAGGAGAGAGGGCGUGGAGUGGGUUUAACACAGCCGAAACCUGUUUUCACCAAUCACAUAAGCUCCUCUCCUUGCCUUUAAAUCCGCCACCGGCGAGGCGUAUUACUAUUUUCAUGAAGUAGUCAAAGAGAUCAAGAGGUUUCUGAAGACAGUUAUGCCACACGAUGGCGACAAAGGGUUGCCCCUCAACAAGUGUCACUGUAAGCGCUGCAUUGGGCGUCCUCCACACUCUCUCAUAUGAGCAAAGAUGGAUUUGGUGUGUGUAAUGUUGGACCCACUGGUAAGACAAACACCCUUUUCCACAAAUAAAGACACUCACAUAAAGUUGCACAUAUUCAAACCUCACGUGACAAAGGUGGGUUGAGUGCACAGAUCACAACAUAAACUCCAAUAAUGGCAUUAAAAUCGGAACCAUCUGUGCGUAAAUGACGCAUCGCGCUCCGUGGCCUGGCUCUUUCUUUCAUAGAUGUUGGCGUAUAAAAUAAAUUUGGCUCACAAAACUGAAUAUUAUAAUAUCUGUAUGUCGGCUUAAAGUAAAUAACUCAUCUGAACACUGAAACAAAUCAUCUGUUCAGCCGCUGCUGGAGCAGGACAGAGAGAGGACACGGAGACGUGUCCAGGUCGAGCUGUGCGAGAAAUAAUAAUGAUACAGCUGCACUAACAUGACGACAACACGGUUAAAUAACAGAAUGACAAAAUAAGUCAUGGAGUCACCUGUCUUGAACAUCUGAACAGUUUUUUUUUUUCUUUUUUUCCUAGACUUUGACUUCCUGUCUUCUCUCAUGUGUGUGGUCCUGAUAUAAGUAGCUGGCUUGUUAAAAACAGGCCGUCUGUCAAACCAUAGAUAAUGUUUGAGUUGUUUUUGGAGAAGAGAAGCGUGAAAUCAGCCUUCAAUGAAAUAUUGUUUGAUAUUUAUGUUGUUACAGACUUUCUGAAUGUGGACUCUCAGAGACUCACUGCGAAGUUGUGGCCUCAGCUCUGAGGUCCAACCCCUCCCAUCUGAGACAUCUGAACCUGAGCAGAAACAAACUGCAGGAUUCAGGAGUGAAGCUUCUCUCUGCUGGACUGGAGAGUCCAAACUGCAGACUGGAGACUCUGAGGUCAGACACCAUUUCCUUCUGAUCUAACAAUACGAUGUGACAGUUGCUGCUUUAGAUUUUUCUCUGUGGCUUUCCAUCAACUUUAGUCGAGCAGUUUGAAUUUGUAGUUGUAAAACUUCGACACAGGAAGAAAAAUCCGUCAUUUCAGAGUUGACUUUGAGUAGAACGAUGGAUGUAGAGAGGAAGCUGGAAAAAAAUCAGUCAGACAAAUAUUACACAUAAUUGUAGAGGGCAGGAGCAGCACAGACUGAAGGCUGAUAUUGAACUGAUCCAUAAUUAAUGUAAUCACUAAUGGCUGAAUGAAGUGGCAGAGAAAUGAUGAGCUGCAGAUUAAAACCUGAAGAUCAAAGUUAAUCCAACUCUGGAUAUUUCAUUUUGAAGAUCAGUGAACAGUGAGGGAUAAAGGCAGACAAAGAUCAUCCUGUUUCCCCUAUAUCACAGUUCAAGUUCAUUUUUAAGACUUUUUGCCUUUUAUUGAUCCGAGCGCUGCAGAGGAACAGGAAACAUGGAGUAGAAAGUGAGGGAGGACUUACAUCAAAGAAUCAUGGGAGUUGAACCAGCAACUGCUGCAACAAGGACUACACCCUCUGAACACCUGAACCUCUAAUCCAAACCAGUGCUCCAUCACAUUUGAUGUCUUGUCUGUUAUUUUACAGGAGGGUCAGAGCAGACCAGAUAAUAAGCUCUGACAGGCUGGAUCUGGUCCAAAGGUCUCCUGUUGGAGUUCUCUACGCUCAAUAUUUUGAACCUGAACACGUGAAGUUUGAUUAUUAAUUAUUUUUAUCUACAUUCUAUAUCCUUUUUUUUCCAGAUUGAGUAACUGCAGUUUGUCAGAGAUCAGCUGUUCUUCUCUGGCCUCAGCUCUCAUGUCCAACCCCUCCCAUCUGAGACAUCUGGACCUGAGUUACAACAAGCUGCAGGAUUCAGGAGUGAAGCUGCUGUGUGACUUUCUGCAGAGUCCAAACUGUGAACUGGAGACUCUAGAGUGAGACUUUUUUUUUCUCCAUUCAAACAUGACUGUGAUUUGUUUGUGAUGAUGACACUAAACUGCUGACUCAGGACUGAAAUACUGACCAAGACUGAAGACCUUCAGUCCAGAGUUGAUUUUUCUGCAUCAGUGGAUUAUUUGAUUGACUCGAGUUAGAUCACUGCUAAGCUCCAGUGUAUUAAAACCUGAACACAAGAAGAAAAUUCUUUGUAGAGUUCACAGUGAGAAGCACAUUCAGACAGAAAACAGAAGCAGGGGGAGAUUUGUCAGACGAGAACAAUUCCAACUUUUGUUCAGGACAAGAUCAGCCAAUAGAAAAAACUCAGACUUUAGUUUCUGACACUGAUAAAAGUCAAGUUACUUUGAAUUUGGUUUGUUUUUUAAUCUUUGUGUGAAAAUCUGAAUUUUACAGUAUAUCUGCACUUUUCUGAAGCCUUGCUGUGUUUAGACUGAAAUAUCCACCUCUCAUAAACAUUUUAUUUUCGGUUCAGCGAAGUGAAAAUAUUCUGAACAUCCUUUAUUUCCCAUCCGUCCUGGAGUAGCUGACAUUUUCUGGAAAAUAUUGAGCUGCAUCAACACUCAGUAAAAAAAAAGUAUCUGAGUUUGUUUUCACUAUUUAAUGUGUAACAUUAAAUUCACAGUUUCAAACCUACUUUCUGUUUGGUUCAGCUCUUUGGAGCAUCACUUUUCUUUGAUUCUAUCCAAAGAAUCAAACCUUUUCAAACCUUUCCCCUGCUCUCUACAGAUUUAAGACAUUGGAUUUCAAACUGGAUCAGUAUUUGUCUGAAAUCUCAUUAUUUCCUCCUUAUUCAGGUUGUGGAGCUGCAGUUUGACAGAGACCAGCUGUUCUUCUCUGGCCUCAGCACUCAAGUCCAACCCCCCUCUGAAAACUCUAAGCCUGAGAAAAAACAAUCUGCAGGAUUCAGACGUGAAGCUGCUGCGUGAUCUUCAGAGGAAUCCAGACUUCAGACUGGAGGAUCUGGGGUUAGUAUGGAGUUGGAGUUAGUCUGUGCUGAUAAAGCACUGUGCUGACUCUUCAACCCUCUCAGAGGAUUAUUUCUUUAGUGAAGCUGUGAGAACAGAAAUCAUCAAACGAGGAGUGUAAGAGUAUCAGUUAUAAAAAAGGGUCUUCUGGUCUCUGUAUUUCAGAUAAAUGUAGAAAUGAGACAUAAUGAAUUAGAAAUGUUCAGUUUCUACUCUGUAGUCCAGUUUAUAGUUCUCUGUAUUCAACACAGACUUUAUUUAUCUGCUAACUUGUUGAUUUUGACCUCUAAAUCUAAAGACAGACAGCUUUUCUUUAUACUUAUUUUCACAGCAAGUUUGUUCCAUCAGCUUUAACACAUUUGACAGGAAUGAUUUUGUUAUUUUGAUGAGCUGGUUUAUUUUUUGAGGAAACCUGCUGCUUUACACCAUCACUUCUGGUCUGAGCAGGACUGAAACCUGAUGUUCUUUAAACUGGAUGUUCUGCAGUCCAGCCAAUGAAGUGAGUCUCAGAGUGGAAACACUGAUUGUCUUUUUUUCUCUCCUCAGAUGGAGGGAUCUGUCAGAGUGAUUAAAAAGAGGAUCAUCAGUUUCCUGAUGAUCAGAGAGGUGGAGGCAGCAGCAGUGAGGGUGAGUCUCUGACUGGGCCAUGUUACUGAGAGACUGACAGACCAAUCACAGUGGGCAGAGAAGACCCUUGGAGCUGCAGUUUGACCUGCUCUUAGAUCAGCUCAGGAUCUGGAUUGUGGAUAUUUGAUUUUUUGCCUCAUAUUCUGGGAUCAAAUGGUCUAAACAGGUUUGUUUUGUUUAUGAAAACAUGAUGGUAAAUUUACACUUUGAUUGGAUUACUUUUUUUGGCCAUGAUGCAGCGCCACCCAGUGGAAAUUUCUUUCCUCUGCACUGUUACAGACCAAAUAUAAACUAAAAGGAGACUUAGGUACUUAGGAGAGAUGGAGGUGAAGGGAGGACAGGGUUUGGGGUUUUCAGGAAACUCAGAAGCUUUUUUCUUUCACUUGUUUAUU